AAAGCGACACCAAAUCUUCCAAAUUUCCUAUUUCCAUAAAUGUUACUAAACCUUUGAGAGAAACUAUUUAUCUCCAAAUAUACCUAAAAAUCACCAAAAAAUUUACAAAACAGCCCAAACCAUAGAUAUGUGGGAUGAGCAGAGAGACUCUUGCCUGCUUGAAACGUGAACAAGAUAUUUGCAUUAAAACCAUAAUACCCAGCCAAAAUACGGCCUUCACCAGGGUCUUCCAUUGUUCGCCGCCAUUUUGAAAAUAGUGGAAGAGGAGACCCUGGGGACGAGGAUGAUGGCGGACGAGGACGGAGAUAGUUGGUCCACUCUUUCAAGUGUCGCUUUAUGGGAAUUUGUGGACAAAAAGAUCAGUGUUCUUCUCUCGGACAACAGUAGGAAAGCAGGAUGGGUACAAGCCAUUGAUCCAGUUACUCGUACUAUCAUUUUACAGGAAGAAACCGACGAUUUAAAUGCAAAGAAAUUAACAUUUGUUUUGGGACAUGCAAUUUCACGGGUUGCUUUGGAGGAAAGCGAAGGCCGCCCUCGAAUGACUGAUUUUCUCGAAGCUGAAAAGGCUAAGAAAUAUUCUCACGAUGAUCUAAAUACAAGAAAAACAGAACUGGUAGAAUGGCUGACAAGGAAUCGAAUUCCAGUAAGUGAGAGUUUGGAAGACAGUGCGAUCUUGUCAGUGAUGGGAGUUCUGUUUGUUGAACCUCCGUAUGAUCCUGACUGCUGUAGAUGUAGCAACGAAAUUAUACUGGAUCGUAUUCAGAAACUUAUUAGAGCACGGGAAGAUCACAAGUGACGGAAGAGACAGCUAAAGUUGAGCGUGUUCAUCGCUGUAAAUAUAAACAAUCACUGCACAGUUAUGGUGAUCAGACGUCAGGUUCAGUUUUGUCUCUGAAAAGGCGAAUAUGCUCCGAACAUGAGGAACCAACUACACGAUACAACACGUCUACAAAGACGUACUUGCAUUUUGUUGUUUAAUUCUAUGAAUAUCAUAGUUUUUGUACAAUAAGCCAUUUUUGUAGUCUCGGUAUUGGAGUGUAACUAGCUUACAAGGGAGGCUCAUGCGGGGAAUAUCAUUACAAAGAAAUUAAGGUGGCCGAACACAGUUUUCGCGCGCGCUUUUGCUAA